UGUGCUGCCCGGCAGGGAAGAUCUGGGGUCUCCGGGUUUGCACACUAGAUUGGGCACCAGUGGCCUGAGAAAGUCAGGUCGGGGCAUAAGGUGGAGAGCGUUGGAAGAAAGAGAGAAACCCCUGGCCGUGGCGCACUAAUCUUUUCCCUUCCUCAACCUCCCCCUACGAGGGGCGUCGAGGGGAGGGGGCGUGGGGCUCUUGCAGCCCCUCGGAUUGAGCGCCUCCGCCUCUCCUGGGAGUCUAGCUUUUUGCCUGGCUUGCUGCAGCCACCGCUGCCUCCCUCUCCGGAAUCCGCUCGGUCCUCGCAGCGAUCCCCUCCUCCUCCCCUCCCCUCCCAGUGUCACCGGGGCUGCUUGGCUCUGCCCCCUUCGCCGCCGCUUGCUCCCUGCUUUCGUCCCUCCCUCUCGCUCGCUCCCUCCCUUCUCCUCCUCCUCCCCAUUCCUCCCCCCGGGUAGGCGGCAUUCUGGGAGUUGUAGUCCCAUGGAGCGGGGGCUGGCGCCGCCCGCGGACCCGGCCGGACUCCACUUCCCGUCGAGCCCUGCGACCGGCACCCACUCCACCAGGCUUCGCUCGCACACACAGACACACACACACACCGCUCUCCCCCUCACUCUUUCGCUCGCCGCGGCUGCUGCCAGUGUGUGGCUCUGUCUCUCCUCCGCUUUGCUGAGCCCUCCCUUCUUCCUCUCAGUUCCUAGAGUCCGACCGCCGCCGCCGCCGAGAGAGAGGAGAAGGAGGGGGAGUGGCCACAGCUGGUCUGUCUGGUGGUGAGUGGCUGUCAUGAUCUCUACAGCACCGCUCUACAGCGGCGUGCACAACUGGACCAGUUCUGACCGGAUUCGCAUGUGUGGCAUCAACGAAGAGAGAAGAGCACCUCUUUCUGAUGAGGAGUCCACGACAGGUGACUGCCAGCGCUUUGGAUCUCAGGAGUUUUGUGUCAGCAGCAGUUUUUCCAAGGUGGAGCUCACAGCAGUUGGAAGUGGCAGCAAUGCCCGGGGGGCAGACCCAGAUGGCAGUGCAACAGAAAAACUUGGGCACAAGUCAGAGGACAAGCCUGACGACCCCCAGCCAAAAAUGGACUAUGCUGGGAAUGUGGCAGAGGCUGAAGGCCUCUUGGUGCCACUGAGCAGCCCAGGAGACGGGCUCAAGCCUCCCGCUGCUGACAGCACUGAGGCCAGCAGCAGCAGAGCCGACUCCUCCUGGACUCCCCUCAGCACCCAAAUGAGCAAACAGGUAGACUGCUCACCAGCUGGGGUAAAGGCCUUGGACUCUCGGCAGGGUGUCGGGGAGAAGAAUACUUUCAUUUUGGCAACUCUCGGAACUGGAGUCCCUGUGGAGGGAACCCUGCCUCUGGUUACCACCAACUUCAGUCCGCUGCCAGCUCCCAUCUGCCCCCCUGCUCCCAGUUCGGCCUCUGUCCCCCCAUCUGUUCCGGAUCAAUUCCAGGUUCCCCUCUCCGUUCCCGCCCCGGUGCCCCAUUCUGGGCUAGUUCCUGUCCAGGUUGCCACUUCGGUUCCGGCUCCUUCCCCUCCCUUAGCACCAGUCCCGGCUCUGGCUCCGGCACCACCAUCAGUGCCCACACUCAUCUCUGAUUCGAACCCCCUUUCAGUUUCGGCCUCAGUCCUGGUGCCCGUACCAGCUUCUGCUCCCCCCUCCGGCCCCGUUCCCCUGUCGGCUCCAGCCCCUACCCCCAUCUCAGUCCCAGUUUCAGCUCCUCCCUUGGCUCUGAUCCAAGCUCCUGUGCCCCCUUCGGCUCCGACCCUGGUCCUUGCGCCUGUCCCCACUCCAGUUCUGGCUCCCAUGCCGGCAUCCACACCUCCAGCAGCUCCCGCCCCUCCGUCAGUGCCGAUGCCUACCCCAACCCCAUCUUCUGGCCCUCCUUCUACCCCCACCCUCAUCCCUGCCUUUGCUCCUACGCCAGUGCCUGCACCCACCCCAGCCCCAAUCUUUACUCCAGCCCCCACGCCCAUGCCGGCUGCCACACCAACUGCUAUUCCCACCUCUGCACCCAUCUCAGCCUCCUUUAGUUUGAGUCGAGUGUGUUUUCCUGCAGCUCAGGCACCAGCUAUGCAAAAAGUCCCCCUGUCCUUUCAGCCAGGGACAGUACUGACCCCGAGCCAGCCGCUGGUAUAUAUCCCGCCUCCAAGCUGUGGGCAGCCACUCAGUGUGGCCACACUGCCAACCACCCUGGGGGUCUCUUCCACUCUUACACUCCCUGUCCUGCCAUCCUACCUGCAGGACAGGUGUCUCCCUGGUGUUCUGGCCUCCCCAGAGCUACGGUCUUACCCAUAUGCAUUUUCUGUGGCCCGGCCUCUGACUUCAGAUUCCAAGCUGGUCUCUCUGGAGGUGAACAGGCUUCCCUGUGCUUCCCCAUCCAGCAGCACCAGCACCCAGCCUGCGCCAGAUGGGGUCUCUGGGCCUUUGGCAGAUACUUCCCUCUCUACCGCUUCUGCCAAGGUGCUUCCAACUCCACAACCUUUGCUGCCAGCCCCCAGUGUGAGCUCCGCCCCACCGCACCCCGCCAAGAUGCCAGGUGGCACCGAGCAGCAAACAGAAGGGACUUCUGUCACCUUUUCUCCCCUCAAGUCACCUCCACAGCUGGAGCGAGAGAUGGCCUCUCCACCCGAGUGCAGCGAGAUGCCCCUCGACCUCUCCUCCAAGUCCAACCGCCAGAAGCUUCCAUUGCCGAACCAACGCAAGACACCCCCCAUGCCUGUGUUGACCCCUGUGCACACCAGCAGCAAGGCCCUCCUCUCCACAGUCCUAUCUAGGUCUCAGCGCACAACCCAGGCUGCCAGCAGCAAUGUCACCUCAUGCCUGGGCUCCACUUCCUCUCCCUUUGUCAUCUUUCCUGAGAUUGUGAGAAAUGGGGACCCAAGCACCUGGGUGAAGAACUCAACUGCGUUGAUCAGCACCAUUCCUGGCACCUACGUGGGAGUGGCCAACCCAGUGCCUGCCUCCCUGCUGCUGAACAAAGACCCCAACCUGGGCCUCACCCGAGACCCCCGCCACCUCCCCAAGCAGGAGCCCAUCUCCAUCAUCGAUCAAGGAGAGCCUAAGAGCACCGGUGCCCCCUGUGGCAAAAAGGGCAGCCAGGCUGGGACUGAGGGACAGCCAAGCACAGUCAAACGUUACACUCCAGCCCGCAUCGCCCCUGGGCUGCCUGGAUGCCAAACCAAGGAGCUCUCUCUGUGGAAGCCCACAGGGCCAGCAAAUAUUUACCCACGGUGUUCAGUCAACGGGAAACCCACCAGCACCCAGGUCCUGCCUGUUGGCUGGUCACCAUACCACCAAGCGUCUCUGCUUUCCAUUGGCAUUUCCAGUGCGGGGCAGCUGACCCCCAGUCAGGGGGUGCCCAUCAAGCCCACCAGCGUUGUUUCUGAGUUUUCUGGUGUGCCCUCUCUUGGCCCCAGUGAAGCUGUGCAUGGACUUCCUGAGGGGCAACCACGGCCUGGGGGCCCCUUUGCUCCAGAGCAGGACACUGGCACAAAGAAUAAAACUUGCCGGAUUGCUGCCAAGCCUUACGAAGAACAAGUCAACCCUGUCCUCCUGACUCUCAGCCCUCAGACAGGGACCCUGGCGCUGUCAGUUCAGCCUAGCGGUGGGGACAUCAGAGUGAAUCAGGGGCCUGAGGAAUCAGAGAGCCACCUCUGCCCUGAUGGCACUCCUAAGAUGGAAGGCCCCCAGGGGGCCUGUGGUCUGAAGCUGGCAGGAGACACAAAGCCUAAGAACCAAGUGCUGGCCACCUACAUGUCCCAUGAGCUGGUCCUGGCCACCCCCCAGAACCUGCGCAAGAUGCCCGAGCUGCCUUUGCUACCUCAUGACAGCCGCCCCAAGGAACUUAUCUUGGAUGUGGUCCCGAGCGGCAAGAGGGGCUCCAGCACAGAGCUUUCACAGCUUGGAAGCCAGGUGGACCUGGGGCGGGUGAAAAUGGAGAAGGUGGACGGUGAUGUGGUCUUCAAUUUAGCCACCUGCUUCCGGGCCGAUGGCCUCCCAGCAGCUCCCCAGCGGGGCCAAGCUGAAGUUCGGAGUAAGGCCGGGCAGGCUCGAGUGAAACAGGAAAGCAUAGGCGUCUUUGCUUGCAAGAACAAGUGGCAGCCAGACUCGGUGGUGACCGAUGGGGUGACUGAAUCUCUGCCACCCAAGAAAAUGAAGUGUAGCAAAGAAAAGGAUGGUGAGGAGCCACAGCCACAAGCCAAGGCCAUAGUCCGGAGUUCUCACGGACCCAAGUGCCGGAAGCCGCCUAGUGACCCCCAGGAACCUACCAAGAAAAGCCCCAGGGGGGCUCCAGAUUCAGGAAAAGAGCACAAUGGAGUCAGGGUAAAGCACAAGCACCGGAAGCCAACAAAGCCGGAGUCCCAGUCUCCAGGAAAACGAGCUGAUGGCCACGAGGAAGGUUCCUUGGAGAAGAAAGCAAAGAGCAGUUUCCGUGACUUCAUCCCUGUGGUCCUGAGCACGCGGACACGCAGUCAGUCUGGAAGCAUCUGUAGCUCCUUUGCUGGUAUGGCAGACAGUGACAUGGGAAGCCAGGAAGUCUUCCCCACAGAGGAGGAAGAGGAGGUGACCCCCACCCCGGCUAAGCGUCGAAAGGUGAGAAAGACCCAACGGGACACCCAGUAUCGCAGCCACCAUGCCCAGGACAAGACUCUGCUGAACCAGGGCCGCAGGCAUCUGUGGCGAGCCCGAGAAAUGCCCUGGAGGACAGAGGCUGCCCGGCAAAUGUGGGACACUAAUGAGGAGGAGGAGGAAGAAGAGGAGGAGGGCCUGGUGAAGAGGAAGAAACGGAGACGGCAGAAGAGCCGCAAAUAUCAGACUGGGGAGUACCUGACCGAGCAGGAAGAGGAGCAGCGGCGGAAAGGGAGAGCAGAUUUAAAGGCGCGUAAGCAGAAGACUUCCUCCCAAAGUUCGGAGCACCGCCUGAGGAACAGGAACCUUCUCUUGCCCAACAAAGCCCAGGGGAUCUCGGAUUCACCAAAUGGUUUCCUCCCAAAUAACCUGGAGGAGCCAGCCUGCCUUGAAAAUUCAGAAAAGCCAUCAGGAAAACGAAAGUGCAAGACCAAGCACAUGGCGAACGUCUCAGAAGAGGCAAAGGGCAAAGGUCGUUGGAGCCAGCAGAAGACACGAUCUCCCAAAUCUCCCACCCCAGUGAAACCCACGGAACCAGGCACACCCUCUAAGUCCCGAAGUGCUGGCCCAGAGGAGACCUCAGAGUCACCUACAGCCCGGCAGAUCCCCCCAGAGGCACGUCGGCUCAUAGUGAACAAAAAUGCUGGGGAGACACUCCUGCAGCGGGCAGCACGUCUGGGCUAUAAGGACGUUGUUCUCUACUGCCUCCAGAAAGACAGUGAAGAUGUGAAUCACCGGGACAAUGCUGGCUACACAGCCCUGCAUGAGGCCUGCUCCCGGGGCUGGACCGACAUCCUGAACAUCCUGCUGGAGCACGGGGCCAACGUGAACUGCAGCGCGCAGGAUGGCACGAGGCCGGUUCAUGAUGCAGUGGUCAACGACAACCUGGAGACCAUCUGGCUCUUGCUGUCCUAUGGGGCGGACCCCACACUGGCCACCUACUCUGGGCAGACUGCCAUGAAGCUGGCCAGCAGCGACACCAUGAAGCGCUUUCUCAGUGAUCACCUCUCGGAUCUUCAGGGCCGGGCAGAGGGUGAUCCUGGUGUAUCCUGGGACUUUUACAGCAGUUCUGUGUUGGAGGAAAAGGACGGGUUUGCCUGUGACCUCCUCCAUAAUCCUCCUGGGAGCUCUGAUCAAGAAGGAGAUGAUGUGGAAGAGGAUGAUUUUAUGUUUGAGCUCUCAGACAAGCCUCUUCUCCCUUGCUACAACCUCCAAGUAUCAGUGUCCCGCGGGCCCUGCAACUGGUUUCUCUUUACCGAUGUCCUGAAGAGGCUGAAGCUUUCCUCAAGGAUCUUUCAGGCUCGGUUCCCGCACUUUGAAAUUGCCACCUUGCCCAAGGCCGAGUUCCACCGGCAGGUGGCCUCCAGUCAGCUGCUGACCCCUGCCGAGAGGCCUGGAGGCCUGGACGCCAGAUCUGCCCCAGGCUCCUCUGAGACUGUGGAGCUGGUGCGGUACGAGCCUGAGCUACUCCGGCUCCUAGGGUCCCAGGUGGAGUUCCAGCCUUGGAACAGUUGACCGGGAAAACAGCCCCUCCCUUUUCUUCUUUCUCCUCCCAAGUUCGCCCUUCCCCCACCUCCCAUGUCUCCCCCACCGAGCACCAGACUGCAGAAUGAGGCAAUAAUACGGACCAACAAGAAGCCGCCUUAUCAAUGCCAGCAUUAGUGACUGGAUUUUUUUUUUUUUUUGGUUACAAUUAGUUCUCAUCUCCCUGUCAUCGUCAUUGUUGUCGUGGUUGGUGAUGGGGGUGGAAAGUUGAACUCCACGUCUGAGGACAAGAGGUCCCAGGGGUGGUGGGAGGUGGUGCCAGGGUCCCUUGGACUGGCCUCCUUGGGUAUGACCAAGACCAAACCUGGGCCCUGGGUGGCUGCGGCCUGUCUGGAGGAGAAGUGAGAAAAGCCCAAAUCUCUGAGCGCCCCCUCCGUUCCCCUGUGUUCUUCUGUCUUCCAUAGUAUUUAUUUUAUUAGUAUUUAAUUUGUAUUGUUUCAUUGGUUUCUGAUAAGUCUGUAUCACUGUGAUGAUUUGAGACAGCUUGUUGUAUUGAGGGACUUUCUUCACCUCCUUUCUUUGUCUUUCUUGAUAAGCUCUGGAGCUGCUCCCUCCCUCUGACAAAGUACUUCCAGGGUUGUUUUCCCCCACUGGGGAGGGGGUGGGGAGGAGUGGGGGCCAUUGACUUGUGACUAAUGAAGCUGGCUGGUGCUGGCCCAGGGCUGGGGGGUUGGGGGUAAAUCCCGAGGCUUUGGUGCUCUCCCCCCCCCAGUUUUUUCUCAUCCAUGGCACCCCUCCCUUUGCAGCAGCCCUGCUAUCUUGAGAUUAGUGUUUACUGGGGAGGGGAGGAUUGUGGGAGUGAGGGGUCAAUUAAUUACUCUAAUAGAGGAGAGUGGAGAACGGGCCUGAAGGACAAGGCUGCCCCUCCGCACACUUUCCUCCCCGCUCCCCUGAGUGCACAGUAUGAGUUUGUUCCCGCAGCUUCCCCCUGCACCCCAGCCCCCCCAGCCCCUUCUGGCCUCACCCUCUCUGGAUACUGAGCCUCUCAGCUCCCAGCCCUCGUCCCCCAGCUCGCCCCUUGCCAGAAUCGCAGCACCCCUUUCCUCUCUCUUCUCUCUCUCCUCCGUCCUCCCUCCGCCCCUUUCUCCUCUAGAAUCUGCAGUGGGCUCUGGGAUCGACUGCCAGAUGUGAAAUCCAGGCCUCAGCCCGUUUCCUAGGCGAGGGCAGGAGACUGGUCUUCGGCUGGGCUCCAGUCCUGCCUGGGGACCUGGGGCCGAGUGCGUGGCCACGCCAGGCCUCUCUCCGGGCCUCCAGCGCUGGGCUUGUUCAGGGAGAGAGAGGGACAGAGGGCGGAGCUCGGGCUGCUUCCCCGACCCCGCCCCCCGCCACCCGUGGUGUUGUCUUUCCCACUCUUGUUCUUAUUUUUCUACCAAUUGCUAUUUUUCCGAACAAUCCUUGUAGAGAGUAUGUGCCAUCCACAGGCAGGAGGGCCUCGCUGUGGCCGGCUCUGGUUGGAGAUGGUACAGUUUUAUUGUACAGGUGCUAAAACAACAACAACAAAAGAAGAAAAUGGAAAAAAAAAAGACAAAAAAAAAGGCAAAAAAAAAAAAAGCCAGUUUGAGGAUGGGACAAUCUGUUCUCUGGAGACUCCUGACCCGUGCGGGAGCAUUGGUGGUUAUUUUCUUUGUAUUGUGUUUGUUCUUUGUUCCCAGGGGGGAAGUUCUAGGCCCCCUUCUGUAGGACUGCUCCCCACCCCCACCAUACUGCCCAGUUGGUUUUGAACAGUUGUUCUCCCUUUUUAAAAAAAAAAAAAAAAUAUAUAUAUAUAUAUAUAUAAAGUUGAGGGGUUUUGGGUUUUAAUUUUUUGGUUUUGUUGGGGUUCAUAGUAUUGUGUGGUUUAUUUUAUGUUUACUUUUUUGCAUUUGGGUGUGUAUUCUGGCUGCCCUUUAUGUUUCAUUUUAAGCAACUGGCUGUGGAGUCAAAAACACUUGCAUACUGAAAAA